AUGAAUCACCUUCGCCCACUUUGCAGGUUCACGAACUCUUUUCUAAAAACGCGAUUAAACUCUGCAACAUUACUGAGUAUUCGCAAUCACAGAUUCAACAUGUCUACAGCUACCAAUGGUGUCCUCGAAGCUGGGCAAGGGGAUAAACCCCGUUAUGUAGAUAUAGGUAUAAAUCUUACCGACCCCGUCUACUCUGGAAUCUACUAUGAUACACAACGUCAUCCAGCCGAUCUGCCCUCUGUUAUUUCACGAGCUCUUACUGCAGGAUGUGAGAAACUUAUUGUUACCGGAUCCGAUUUGGAAGAGUCUCGAAAGGCUGUUGAAUUAUCUAAGGAAUAUUCCGGGGUACUCUUCGCAACCGUUGGCGUCCACCCCUGUUCCUGUCUCCAAUUCACAAAAGCCCCAAAUACUCCGGAUAAAUACCUCCAAGAACUCGAGUCGUUGGCGUUGGAAGCAAAAAAUACAAAUCACUGCGUAGCAUUUGGAGAGUUCGGCCUUGACUACGAUCGUCUUACUCUAUGCCCAAAAGAUGUCCAGUUAGAAUACUUUGAAAAGCAACUCGAUAUAGCGACUCGUCUGCAUUUACCACUCUUUCUUCAUUCACGCGCUGCUCAUGAAGAUUUUGUACGAAUCUUAAAGGCCAGAUUAGAAGAGUUGCCAAAGAGAGGAGUGGUUCAUAGUUUCACUGGAACAAAAGAGGAAAUGGAGGAACUAGUUGCUUUAGGAUUUGAUAUUGGGGUGAAUGGUUGUUCAUUGAAAACAGAAGAGAACUUGGAAGUGGUGAAAGCAAUACCUAUGGAGAGACUCCAAAUUGAGACGGACGGACCUUGGUGUGAGAUCAGACCUAGUCAUGCAAGUUCGAAAUGGUUGAAGGGGUUCGAGGAAGGAAAAGAGGGGGAAGGAAUGAGCGAGGGCGAAAAAUCUAUCGAGGGCGGGAAGGGUUGGAAGAGUGUGAAGAAGGAAAAAUGGGUAGACGGGGUAUUGAUUAAAGGCAGAAAUGAACCUUGUAUGAUUGGUCGGGUAGCGUGGGUCGUUGCAGGAGUCAAGGGGGUGAGUGUGAAAGAAUUGAGGGAGGCGGCAUGGAAAAAUAGCUGCAAAAUGUUCGACUUGGGAGCGUGA